AUGGCUGCCAUUAUUCUUCGAGAUAUACGAAAUCCACUUCUCCUUCCGGAAAUUAUUGGCUUGGUCAUCGACAAUGUUCACAUGGUUCCAGAUCUUCUGAACUGUGCCUGUGUCAACAGUGUUUGGAACGCAGAAGCUUUGAGAAAACUCUAUGUUGGCUCCAUGAAUGACAUGCAGUUACGUACACCUGACAUUGGAUCGCUGAACAGCCUCUUUGUAGCGUCGCGAAAACGCUUCGCUCGAAACAUGAGUUUUGUGAAGCACCUCCUCCUCUCGCCAGAGACACCCGCGAUUGAUGAAUCUGUGAACCCCUGGACUAGACUUGCAUGCUUCGAAAAGUGUAGCGUCCUGCGCCAUCGGCAAUCCGCAGAACUUCUAUUCCGACCAAAGGGACGGGGUCUGGCGAGUCUCACAAUCCCUUACGAGAUCAUCAACCAAGAUUGGUCGUUCAUCUCUGAUCUUCUUCUUGCUCCAACCGUGGAGUACUUGGCCGUUGAUAAUAUCUACUGCGAAGUCUUGAUGACACAAUCUAGCCAAGAUUUUGCGUCCUCUUUUGUGCGUCUUCCGUGUUCUCUCCACUUCUUUGGGAACCAUCAUUGA